ACCACAGUUUACUUUCACUUUCACAGCCUCAGAAAAUACAACAUCAUACGUAGGCUAGACUAUGAACCACACCAUGUUUUCGCAUAUCUCAAAUUAACUUACUUUUAUUUAUUAUCUAAACAAACAAACAAAUUAGCAAAUAUGCCCAAACUAACGCUCAUCGAAUUGUGCUUCUGGCUUUAUGUGGCGCAAAAUGUGGUUUCCGGAGUGUAUCCUUAUCAUGAAGUGGGAGGUGAGCUCGUGUUGACGCCGGACAAGUCCACAGUGCCUGACUCCAUCACAAGCAUCCUAUGGAAGCAUGGGAAGUACAAGGUGGCAGAGUGGGACAAGGAUUUUGGUGGUCUGGACAUCUAUGGUGCCUUCAAAGAGCGUACAACCCUGGACCAGAAUACUGGAGAGCUGAGAAUCAGUGGAUUGAUGACAACAGACAGUGGAGUUUAUUCUGUGGAGUUCAACAGCAAACUGCUUGACAAGACAUAUAAACUCUCUGUUAUCAAGGCAGUCCCCAAACCCACCAUCACUUCCUCCUGUAACCCAGACAAAACCUCCUGCACUCUGACCUGUGAAGGUGACACCACUGAUGCUGAACCAGUCACCUACAGCUGGAAAGUGGGAGAGGGGGCAUGGGAGGUCUUAGACAAACAGCUGAUUUUCUCUAAGAGCAACACUGGCAAAUCAAACAGCGGUUACAAUUACAUCUGCAAGCUGAAGAACGCUGUUAGUGGGGAAGUCAGUGAGCCAGUUGGAGAGGUGUUUGGUUCAGAGUAUCCUUAUCAUGAAGUGGGAGGUGAGCUCGUGUUGACGCCGGACAAGUCCACAGUGCCUGACUCCAUCACAAGCAUCCUAUGGAAGCAUGGGAAGUACAAGGUGGCAGAGUGGGACAAGGAUUUUGGUGGUCUGGACAUCUAUGCUGCCUUCAAAGAGCGUACAACCCUGGACCAGAAUACUGGAGAGCUGAGAAUCAGUGGAUUGAUGAAAACAGACAGUGGAGUUUAUUCUGUGGAGUUCAACAGCAAACUGCUUGACAAGACAUAUAAGGCAGUACCCAAACCCACAAUCACUUCUUCCUGUAACGCCAACCUAACCUCCUGCAUUCUAACCUGUGAGGGUGACACCACUGAUGCUGAACCCGUCACCUACAGCUGGAAAAUGGGAGAGGGGGCGUGGGAGGUCUUCUACAAACAGAGGAAUGUCUCUAAGAACGACACUGGCAAAUCAACCAACAGUUACAAGUUCUUCUGCAAGAUGAAGAACUCUGCUGGGGAAGGUGAAGUCAGCGAGCCAGUCGAACUGGUGUUGGACUCAGAUGGCUGGUUGACCAAGUCCAAGUUAUUUGGUAUUUCUGUCUUUGUUCUUGCUAUUGCUGGAGUUCUAUUGUUCAUUCUUGGUCAUAGAGCUAAAACAGGAGUUUGGUUCUUUGAAAAAGAAUCAAUGCCAUGGAAAGGAGAAUUUUGGAAACACCAGAGAGAAGUGGGACCUACCACUGACACAUCAAAUGGAGUUUCUGCACCCACAGAGGAAGCCUUGGCGAGGAAAAAUGAUCAUAAGGAUGAUUCAGUAAAUAAUUCAGUAUUGUAGGACGCUGUGGAUCUGUGGGCCAGAGGAUCACUGUGGAUCAAGAGAAACAAACAUCUAGACAAUGAGCACUGGAUGACAAAGGGAACAAUCUACCACUUUAUUCUACCCAUUAAAAGAAUGUUACAUCCCGAUCUGAGAAAUAGAGGUCAAUUUGAGUUACAGAUGUAGGAUCUUAAUUUGAGCUAAGCUGAGUUUGUUACUGCAGGAAAAUAGUACUGUAAAAAGGAAAUGUUUAUUAUAUGGAUUAUAAUCAAAAAUGUAUUUAUAAUACAUUUUGUAGGGGUUAAUAUAUUUUUUGUACAGGAGAAUCAAGUCAGGAGUUUCAAAGUGAAAAUUACAAACUUCAGAAGCCCUUUUAAGCCUUGAGUACACUACAAGUUUUACAUGCUGUUUACAUGCUUAGGGCAUGGCUAGUCUAAGGCUAGCUGUGCCACUAGAGAUCCUGGUUUGAGUCCAGGCUCUGUCGCAGUUGGCCGCAACCGGGAGACCCAUGGGGCAGCGCACAAUUGGCCCAGCGUCAUCUAGGUUAGGGGAGGGUUUGGUCGGCAGGGAUGUCCUUGUCCCAUCCGCUCUCUUACGACUCCUGUGGCGGGCCGGGUACAGUGCACGCUGAUACGGUCGCCAGGUGUACGGUGUUUCCUCCGACACAUUGGUAAGGCUGGCUUCCGGGUUAAGCAGGCUUUGUGUCAAGAAGCAGUGCAGGUUGGUUGGGUCGUGUUUCGGAGGACACAUGGCUCUCGACCUUCGCCUCUCCUGAGUCUGUACGGGAGUUGCAGCGAGGAGACAAGACUGUAACUACCAAUUGGAUACCACGAAAUUGGGGAGAAAACGGGGUAAAAAAAUAAAAAUAUAAAUAGAUAUAUAAAAAAUAAAGUGUACAUGCUUUGCAGGAAAGUUUUACAAAACAAUUUGCAAAGUUGCAAAGUAAAUUGCUAAGCCUUACAAAUUCUCAGGAUCAUAGACAAACCUAUGACGCCAAUGACUACUACACUGAGUAUGUUUACAUGCACACUAAUUAUUCAAUAUUAGCUAAUUAGGAUUAAUACUCAGAGUUUGGCAUUAGUCAUGUCAACACCUUACUCUGAUUUUCUUAAUCGGUGUAAGGUCAAACGGGAAGUAAGCAUAUGCCGCAAUCUUUCUAAUUAUAAUGGCAUGUAAACACCUUCAUCUGAGUUCCAGUGGUGUAUUAAUGGCAUGUAAACACCUUCAUCUGAGUUCCAGUGGCGUAUUAAUGGCAUGUAAACACCUUCAUCUGAGUUUCAGUGGUGUAUUAAUGGCAUGUAAACACCUUCAUCUGAGUUCCAGUGGCGUAUUAAUGGCAUGUAAACACCUUCAUCUGAGUUUCAGUGGUGUAUUAAUGGCAUGUAAACAUAUUAAUCUGAGUUUCAGUGGUGUAUUAAUGGCAUGUAAACACAAUCUGAGUUCCAGUGGUGUAUUAAUGGCAUGUAAACACAGUAAUCUGAGUUCCAGUGGCGUAUUUGAUCUGCACAUGUGCUAUCACGAGCAGUGCAAACCUCCCUCUCUGGCACAGGUGAAGUGAGUUAAUCAGAGUAUUAACACUAAUCAUAUUAUUGAAUGCAUACAUGAAAUACAGUAGUUUGCAAAAAUAUUUUAUUUAAAGUUUGUGCUUAUAUAGAAAUAUGCAGUUGGUAAAGUGCUAUUGCUCAAACUAAAGCCAUGUGCCUUUAAAGCAUGCUCACACUUCUACUCUGCCAGUGUGUAUCUCUGUGUGUAUCUCUGUGUGUAUCUCUGUUCUUUAUUAACCUAUGUGAGAACAAGUUUACUGUAGUACUAGCAAACUUUACAAUGACAAUCUUAAAAUGUGUGAUGUGAUUGCAAGAUCACUGCCUUACCUCUCAUAAUCAAUAAUAGUAAAGUCCAUUUUUACGUAGUGCUGUCUAAUUGGAAUAUAAAUAAUCUAUCGUUUUAUUUGUUUAUUUUCUGAAAUUUAAACCAAUGUUGAUUUUGUGUUGAAUGUAUGUAGCAGUAUGUUGUAUGUAUAUAUUUCUAUAGAGACCAAGGCUUCAGUUUUGUACAUGUAUUUUGUGAGAGUGAAGGCUGUCUUUUUAACAGAAUUGUAAAACUGUCACACUUAGAAUUUAGUAGUAAUAAAGCAGUGGUUUUCUUUUUAAUAA